CUCGACAACUCUACCAUUGACUGUGGCCCAGAACAUCGCGUGUCUCACCUCCCUCACUACCAUAAUAUCUGCAUUACAAAACAGUCAAUAUGCAUCCUCAUCUCCAUACAGAGGACAACAGGGCCUGCGAAGAUGUCAUGAACAUGCUCGACGAAUGCCAUUCUCGUGGAUUUUUGUACAAGGCAGUUGGAAUGUGCAAUGGCGUUAAGAGGGACGUAACUGUUUGCCUGCGCGCUCAGCGUGUGGAGCGGACGGCGGCGAAUCGAGAGAAGGCGAGGAUAAAGCGAGAGCAGAUCAAGGCCAUAUGGGCGAAGAUUGACGAGGAGUCAUAAGAACUACGGACAGGUUAUUGGAAUUGGGAGGAUGAAGGGAGGGCGAGAAGGGAGACUAUGAUACGAAUAUAUUGGGCGGAGUUUGGAAGUCUCAUUAGGCGUUAAAGGAAACGUCCAAGCAGCGAUGGGAUUUGCCAGACUAUUGGGAUGCAAAGAGUGGCCUUGACUCAGCGUGUGAGGCACUGUACAGUACGAAUGAAUAACAACUCCUUCAAUUGACUACACAUGUUUCAACCUAGGUGCUUCUCUGGCUACAACCUAUUCUUAUACGCAGUGCCAUACGUAAACAGCCCGUACAGAGCAAGGAGACUCAACCCAAUUGGAAGUCCCUUCUGGGUCUUGAUAGCGCGAGGAAUGGAUGAGCCAGCAAGCACUAAAGAGGCAAGGAGAGCCAGCUCGAGCCCAUAUUGCUGGUUUGUGGCAAUGCGGUAGCCGCCCAGGGCGUACUAUGAAC